UUGCACACAGACAGGGCAGGGGUGAGGCAGUACUGUGCUCUAGUUACGUGGAAACGCACAUACAUAGUUUCAACUAGUGGGAAAUCUACUACAAUGCAACUCUUAUUCCAACUUUUUGCUCAUACAAUGUGAGGAAGAUGGCCGAGACAAGCUGUGACUGGGUGGAGAUCUUGGAGCCACGCUCGCAGGAGCGCAUGUACGUGAACCUGGCCUCGGGGGAGUGUGGUUGGGAGUCCCCCCCAGGUGCCGCCGUGCGCCAGUCCGAUGGCAGCCAGUGGUGGGAGCUGUUUGACAGCCACAACAAACGCUUCUACUACUACAACAGUGCCAGUCAGCAGACGGUGUGGCACCGGCCUCAGGCCUGCGACAUCGUGCCCCUGGCCCAGCUACAGGCCAUGAAGAGGAGCUCUGAGACGGGUCUGAGGGGCCCCAUCAAGCCCCAGAGAGGGGGAGGAGGAGGGGAGGGCCGCCGCGCAGCCCUACCUAACCAGGCCUACCCUAUGCCCCCCGCCCAGGACCCUGACAGCAGCGGGAGGUCCACCCCCUCUAAGGGGCUCUGUGACAGCCUGGAGAACAGUAACAACACCCCCAGGGACCCAGGUCAAAGAUGGCAGCCAGCUCCUGGAUCGAAGGCAGCCAUGUUGGUGAAGGUGAACAGCAUUGGCAGGAACCAGUCCGUGGUGCCCACUAGCACCCAGCACCUCAACACUCUCAGCCCUGGGAGCCCUGCUGUGUACCAGGUCCACUCAGACAGACCCAGCCCCAGACCCAUAUCCAGCCCUGCAGGCAAGAUGGCUGCCCCUGUGGACCACAAGCAAGCCUUCCACCUGAAGAAGGGAGACAACGGUAACUUCGGCCUGGUGAUGCCCUCCACUGGCAGCCAGGUCUACCAGACUCCACAGAGGUGUCAGGCUGGCACCCCCCAGCCCUCCUCCCCCCAUUACGGUGCCACUCCGCCCAUCUAUGAUGAACCACCCAUGGAAACACCUAUCUAUGAUGAGCCCCCGAUGGAGGUGGAGGGGGCCGCCCUCCUGAAUAGGUCCUCCACCCCAACCACCAGCCUGCAGAGGGUCCUCCAACCCCAGACCCAGACCCACCACCAGACCCAGCAGCAACCCAAGCUGCUUCAAUACCCAGCCUCUCACCUGGCCUCCAAACACAAGAGGAAUCCCUCCGCCACAGAGUACAGCCCCGCUGGACGGGAGUGCAUCAAACACAUGGUCAACGUGGACCCUGCCACCUGCAAGCAGAGCCCCUUAUCCCAUCCUAUCCAGACAGAGCAGGCCCCUGCUCUAGACCCUGACCUGCCCCCCUCUCCAUCCCCAUGCCCAGUCGUGAACCAGCCCAGGCCCAAGGAGGUGAGCCUGGAGAAGAAGCAGUCGUGGCGUCUCCUGGAGACCAGCGUGAGGAAGAACAUGGACGUCCGGCACAGCCGGCAGAACAGUGUGGCGUCCCAGGAGUACCCAGCGCCGGCCGCCGUCACCCACCAGGACUCCGGCUACUCCACCGGGCCCUCGCCCAGCUUGAGGAGGAAGAACCGUCGGAGAGCCCUGGGAGGGGGGGCUGGGGGAACAGGGCAGGGCCGGCCAGGCUCAGUGGGCAGCAGUGGGGAGCUCAGUGCCCUGAAUGAGAAGCUGAUGGCAGAGAUGCGGGUGGUGGUGAGUCGAUCUAACACCCUGCGUGGCAGCAAGGCCAGCCUGGACACUGAGAUGUCUGACAGCUCUGUACCUCGGACCCGUUCCCCCCUGGGUUCCCCGAAGAAGUACAGGGGCCGUUGCGCCUCCCGAGAGGACAUCAGCGCCAGUAACCACUCUCUGUACCGGACCGGGAGCGGGAGUACCCAUGGCGACGUGCCCCUCUCGCCCCUGGCGUCGGAGGGCAUGGUGCGUCAGAAACGGACCUAUGAGAAGGUGGACACUCUGGAGAAGAGCAUCAUCAGCCAGAACAGCCUGUCCUCCUCGGAGCCCCACAUGUCCCUCUCACAGGCAGGAACACUGGACUCCAAGGCCCAGUCGGAGAUCUCGUCACAAGGCGGAGGUAAUGGACACAGGGGCACCCCUCAUGGAGUCAAAGUGACUGGAGACAGGAGGGGAGGUGGGGGAGGAGGAGGCGGCAGUGUGGGAUACCAGUACCCUUACACCACCCUCUGUAAACCUCCUCCAGACACCAACAUGGUGGACUGGGCCAGUAAGAACCUGAACCUUCACACGCAGGGCCUGUUCCGCCGCCGCGUCUCCAUCGCCAACAUGCUCUCCUGGAACAGAGGCUCCAUCAAGAAGCCCAUGCUGAUCACCAGCGACCGCACCGUCAAGAAGGAGGCCUGUGAGAUGUUCAAGCUGAUUCAGGGCUACAUGGGGGACCGUCCGGCCCGGCUGGAGCGCCGUCACACCGCCCUGCUGGUGGUCACUAAGUGCUGGGGAAUGCAGGCCCUGAGGGAUGAGCUGUACGUCCAGCUGGUCAGACAGACCACUGACAACCUGAGCCUGAGGAGCCUGGAGGCCGGCUGGGAAUUCAUGGCCAUCAGCUUGUCCUUCUUCUCCCCCUCGCCCAAGUUCAGAAGCUACCUUGAGGGGUACAUCCAGACACACCUGGAGCCCUCCAACGACAAGAAGAUCAUGCAGCACAUUAUGGAACAACAGGACAUGAAGACCAAGAAGAAUUCAAAGUCCCGGAAGAAGAGGAAACAGAACAACGAGGAAGAAGAAGAGGGCCUGCCAAUCAGCACUUAUGCCAAGUACUGCUACCGCAAGCUGCAGAAGGUCGCCGUCACUGGGGGCAAAAAGGGUCUGAGGAAGCCCACCCUGGAGGAGUUAGACCAGGGGAGGAAUGCCAUCGUGACCCCUUCCUUGUUCGGCAGUGCCCUGGAGGAGAUCAUGGAGCGCCAGAGCGAGCUGUUCCCGGAGCGCAGGCUCCCCUGGGUGCAGGUGCAGCUUUCUCAGUGCGUGCUAGCCCUGGGAGGGGCCCAGACAGAGGGAAUCUUCAGGGUGCCUGGAGAUAUUGACGAGGUGAAUGCGCUGAAGCUGCAGGUGGAUCAGUGGAAUAUUCCAGAAAACCUUGGGGACCCCAAUGUCCCGGCGUCUCUGCUGAAGCUGUGGUACAGGGAGCUGGAGGAGCCAGUCAUCCCUCAGAGCUUCUAUCAGCAGUGCAUCAGUAACUAUGAGGAUCCUGAAGCAGCUAUCAGAGUGGUACAGUCUCUGCCUGAACUCAGCAGACUGGUGCUCUGCUACUUUAUACACUUCUUACAGGUGUUUGCUCAGCCCGUCAAUGUGAGUAAGACCAAGAUGGACGUGAACAACCUGGCCAUGGUAAUGGCUCCCAACUGUCUCCGCUGCCAGUCAGAUGACCCACGCGUCAUCUUUGAGAACACGAGGAAGGAGAUGUCCUUCUUACGCAUGCUCAUUGUUCACCUGGACACCAGCUUCAUCAAGGGCCUCCUCUGAGGGAGCCAACUCUAUCCCUCUUUAUCAAGGGCCUCCUCUGAGGGAGCCAACUCUAUCCCUCUUUAUCAAGGGCCUCCUCUGAGGGAGCCAACUCUAUCCCUCUUUAUCAAGGGCCUCCUCUGAGGGAGCCAACUCUAUCCCUCUUUAUCAAGGGCCUCCUCUGAGGGAGCCAACUCUAUCCCUCUUUAUCAAGGGCCUCCUCUGAGGGAGCCAACUCUAUCCCUCUUUAUCAAGGGCCUCCUCUGAGGGAGCCAACUCUAUCCCUCUUUAUCAAGGGCCUCCUCUGAGGGGGUCAUCUCUUUAUCUGUCGCCACGCCCUGGAGAGCUGUACUUGUUCAUCAGCCCUCAACUAUAGCUGCUCUGUCUUUCUAUCAUACAACUCUACAACUGUCUACCACCUUAUUCACAACAAGCCCUCUGUUCCUUCACACUUCUCAUCAACCAUAUCACACCUCAACCCUAGAUUCCCUCUGGUUCACGAACACCACAGCCGGAGAAACACAGACAGUGGACUGCACAGACAGUGGACUACACAGACAGUGGACUGCACAGACAGUGGACUACACAGACAGUGGACUGCACAGACAGUGGACUGCACAGACAGUGGACUGCACAGACAGUGGACUGCACAGACAGUGGACUGCACAGACAGUGGACUACACAGACAGUGGACUGCACAGACAGUGGACUGCACAGACAGUGGACUGCACAGACAGUGACCGGGUAUCUAGAUGGUUUUUCGUGCUCCGAAUCAUCUUUGGGACAAACUCACAUGUGAUGGUAGUGGGAGACUGUUUAUCCGUUGGAAAGCAGGACAUACAGUACACAGUGUUCUUGGGCUCGUGUUAAUGACUGGAGCAGAAUCAGUGGAAUGGUAUCAAACACACCGUUUCCAGGUCUUUGAUGCCUUUCCAUUUGCUCCGUUCCAGCCAUUAAUUAUGAGCCGUCCUCCCCUCAACAGCCUCCUGUGCUACUGUUUCUGCUCCUAACACUGGACCGUGCUGGCGUGAGAUUCAGCAUGUGAAGAAGAGCAAUCGCAAUACGAGACAAUUAUGCACAAGAAGCAUGUGUGCAGGGAAAAGUCCAGAGACAAAUGUGUAAAUAUGAUGUUGUUUUUAUUAUGGGGGGGAUUAGUUCCUGCUUUGAGUGCCACAUAUGUAUCUGACUGCCAUGGUAGUGAAUGAUGAUGUCUCAUCACGUUUAGACAGAACCCACUACAGACAGAAUCUGUAUUAUUCCGUUCUCUUCUCCUUUAUUAUGUAACGAGCAACGAUGUCCUUCACAUUUCAUUUGGAACGCUUUUUUGACUCAUUUGAAUAUGAAUUCUGUCUGUGUUGCCAGAGCUGCAGGAUGAGUUGAUAGUAAGGUUUAGACUUCUCCACUGGCCACAGAGACAGAUUUCCCCCUCUGGGCAACUAAACAAAUAUAGAUGAUAACCCAUCAGUUGGGCAGAGAUGUGUGUACAUAUGUGAGAGACAGAGUCUCGGAUUAAAAUGAGGAAAACACAUUUCUAUUCCCCUCAGCGGUGGAGUUGGGGGGGGGGGGCUAGGGAAAAUCUGUGGAGCACUUUCUGCUGUUUUACUCCAGACAAUUACAUUUGACUUAUUUUUGGAAAGGGCCAAAAAUAUUUUUAUCCUCCCUUCAGUGGAACACAAUUAUACCUUUGAUGGAGCUUGUAAAAAUGCUAAUUUUAGCUAUUAGCAGGUCAGGGGGAAAAGGAUGCAGGAGAAAAGGAGAGCGCUGCUGCCUGGACCUAAAGCCUUAGCCACGCAGACAGUGGUGGAUUUACAGUGUAAGCCAAAGGGAGAGGCAAUCUGGCAGUGGUUUUAGGGUCUGGGGGUACAUUAGUUUAGUGCCAUAUAAAAAAUAAAAAAAAGCCGAUUUAGUAUUUUUAGACAACAUUGCCUAACAAGGACUUUCCUAUUCCUCAAAAUCGUAUGCCACAUAAGGAGAAGAGGGUUUAAAAUCCAUAUUUCAGCUGUCUUAAGGGCCAUGCGGUUUCCGUUAUAUUUAGCAGUGUGGUCAGGGUUUAGGUUUUAAUGCCCCACAUGUUUUCUCUGUGUCUACCUCAUCUUAGUGAUGGGGUCUGUGCUGCGAGGCUUGUGUGUAUGUAUACGCACGUGUACGUAAGUACUUGCACAUCAGUGUGUGUGUGUGUUUGCCGACUAUGCGUGUGUGUCAACUGUAAAUGUGUGUGUUUGUGUGGUAGGAGUCUGUUCAUAUAGCAUAUACUCCGUAGUUACUGGAAGCUGGAGCCCCUAAAUUAGAGGGUGUGUUUAGCCAGAAAAUUGCAUCUAGAGGUUAUAUGGUUGUUAACCCCUUUUCUGCACUCACAGCAUUUACAGCGGCCGCUCCUUCGUUUCCUGCAUUAAUGCUUUACUGUUCGUCUUACGAAAACCCAAGCCACCAGAGUUGGGUACUCCAUAGCCACAUCAGAGGACACUACCCAGCUUUCUCCUCACCUCUAGCCAGCAGCGGCAGCUCUGAGGUGGGGUGGAGGAUGGCUAUGCAGGGCCAGUAGUUCUGGGAGUGCAUGAGAGAUAUAUACUGAGCCUGCAGAACGAGGAGGGAGAAUUCAUUGGCCAGCAGUCACUGGUCUAUUGCUAAAGUUCUUGUAAUUGUAUCACAAUGUGAGUGUUCUUCUAGAAUCUAUACACAGACCUUAAAUAAAACAGCUGGGGACCUGUAACUCUUAAGACACUGAACUCCUGAAGCUCUGGUUUAACUCUUCUCCAUCCUGUGUUCUUCAGUGGCUGAUGAUUCAUAUAUAUACACUAUAUAUAUAUAUAUAUAUAUAUACACACAGUGUUAUAUAUGAAUAGUAGCAUGGUCUUUGGUCACUGAAUGUUCAAAACAAUGACGGUUAUAAUAACAUGAUUCCACAAUAUUGUGAAAAAGAGUUCCAUUCUUCAGUAAUGUCAUUAUUCUUAGUUUGACAUCAAUGCUUACGAUGCGAGUCAGCGGUGUAAUUUCUUGAUUUGAUCAAAUCAAUUUUGACUCUUAUUUUUUUUCCUAACUGGAAUGAGUGUUGAUAAUGUUUGUUGGGAUGAUAAACUGAAGUGUGUCAUGUUUAGACUGUGUUUGAUGACAGUUACAUGUGUGUGCCCCCCUGUCCAUUGUGCUUCCUCUUCCCUGGCCCUCACAUGAUGGGUGCUAUUGACUCGUUGUAAAUAUGCUUACAGGUCUUUUGGGUAUGUUGGUGUGUGUGUGUGUUCGAAAACCAGAAAACCAGCAACGGUGAUUGUGUGGAUGGAUUUAUUUCAUAAAUAAUUGAACAAAUAAAAAGUUUGUCAUU